GUGCCGUCUCGGGCCCGGCCUGCCCCGACACACAGGCCGGGUUCCGCCCUCAGGCCGCCGCUCCCCCGGCCCGGCCCGGCGCCCCUGCCCAGGACCCCCGCCCCGCGAGGCCUGGGCCACCUCCCGUCCCGCUUCCUUCAGCGGCACCCCGCCCCGGGGAGCGGGGGGCGAGGGGUGCGCCCGCUUAGACCCCUGAGCUCGGCCCGCCCGCCUUGGGCGCGGGGCACCCCGCGCGGACCCCUCCUCUAGCGCGCCCGGCCGCCCCGGAGUCUGGCCCUGGGCCGCUCGCCUGCCUGCUCCCCUUGACCUGCACGCGGUCCUGACCGCCCCCUCCCCUCCUUCCCUCCCUCCCUCCCCGGAGCCGAGGGACCGCGCUGCCCUGUGCCCACGUGACUCUCGUGAGCCCUCGUAUCUGGUUUACUUAACAGCCCUCAGUUGUCUAACUGCCCCCAAACGACGAUUCUGUACCAACGACCCCGAUCCCCUCUGCCCUACCCAGUCCCCGCCUGUCUGUCCUUCCAUCAUCCCAAGUUACCACCUGCAGGUCUCACUUCCUCUACGUUUGGCUCCAGAAAACUAAUUUCCUGACUUAUCUUUGAACGUCCACAUUCCCUAUGCUCGCUCUCUUUUUUUUUUUUUUAAGAUUUUAUUUAUUUAUUUGACAGACACAGUGAGAGAGGGAACACAAGCAGGGGGAGCGGGAGAGGGAGGAGCAGGCUUCCCACCGAGCAGGGAGCCGGAUGCGGGGCUCGAUCCCAGGACCCUGGGAUCAUGACCCGAGCUGAAGGCAGUCGCUUAACCGACUGAGCCACCCAGGCGCCCCUCUUUUUUAUUAUUUUUUAAGAUUUUAUUUAUUUAUUUGACAGACACAGAGAGGGAACACAAGCAGGGGGAGCGGGAGAGGGAUGCGGGGCUCGAUCCCAGGACCCCGGGACCACGACCCAAGCUGAAGGCAGUCGCUUAACCGACUGAGCCACCCAGGCGCCCCUGCUCGCUGUCUUUAAACUGUGUCACCAAUGAGGAGACUCUGUCCAGCCACCCAGCCUGGUCCAGCCACCCAGCCCAGUCCAGUCGUGCAGGAAGAUGGAGACAACCUCAUCCCCUUUGCCAAGUGUUCCAGAGUGGUCCGCCGCUCAGCACCCCCCAGCUCGCCUCCCCAGAGCCUCGGACUGCUGCCCCAGCGAUACGGAGCCCUCUUCUGGGAGAACCUUAGCCAAAGGCCCAGCCCCACCGGGACGGAAGAACAGUACACCCCACCCCUGCUGAGAGCCACUGGAUGCUCCCAGCCUGGCCUGUACCCCCCUGAGGGGCUCCCACCACCAGAGGUGCUUUGCAGAAGAAAGAGAAGAAGGCCAUAUUUGGCAGGAAUGCAGCAGGGACCUGCGGGCAUCCCAGCCCGGGUGAGGGCAGUCACUUAUCACCUGGAGGAUCUAAGGAGGCGACAGAGACUCAUCAAUGAACAGAAGAAGGCCCAGUGGGGCAGCUCUGGGGCUGCAUCUGAGCCCCUGGCGCUUGCCGAUGACCACCGUGGAGUCCCCAGUGCCGCCAAACACUGGGGUCUGGAAGAGGACAGGGCUGCCUAUCCACAGGAGGACGGCCACCUUCUCACCGCUGGCCGGCCCCAGGUCUGCGGGAGGAACCUGCUGCUCUGGUCUCCCUGGAGCCCCCCGGGCCACGGGGCAUCUUGCCUCCCCAGGCCGCUGGGCUCCCUGGCCUCCUUCAGCGCUGUCACAGCCAGCAGGAAGCUCCUCUGCAAGCCCUGGGGGAUGGAGGUGCAGUCUGAGGACACAGACUCCCCCUCCCCCCGGCCCCUCAGGCCGGGGGUGACCUUGCCCCCUGGAGCCCUCACCAUGAAUUCCAAGGACACCACCGAGGUUGCCGAGAACAGCCACCACCUGAAGAUCUUUCUCCCCAAGAAGCUGCUGGAGUGUCUUCCUCGCUGUCAACUGCUGCCGCCAGAGCGACUUCGGUGGAAUACAAAUGAGGAGAUCGCAUCCUACUUGAUCACCUUUGAGAAGCAUGACGAGUGGCUGUCCUGUGCCCCAAAGACAAGGCCUCAGAACGGCUCCAUCAUCCUCUACAACCGCAAGAAGGUGAAGUACCGGAAGGACGGGUACCUGUGGAAGAAGCGGAAGGAUGGGAAGACCACGCGAGAGGACCACAUGAAGCUGAAGGUCCAGGGCAUGGAGCCUGUCUCCUGGCAGUGUCUGUAUGGCUGCUACGUUCACUCUUCCAUCGUCCCCACAUUCCAUCGACGCUGUUACUGGCUGCUGCAGAACCCCGACAUCGUGCUUGUGCACUACCUGAACGUCCCAGCCCUGGAGGAUUGUGGGAAGGGCUGCAGCCCCAUCUUUUGUUCCGUCAGCAGCGACCGUCGCGAGUGGCUCAAGUGGUCCCGGGAGGAGCUGCUGGGGCAGCUGAAGCCCAUGUUUCAUGGCAUCAAGUGGAGCUGCGGGAGCGGGACAGAGGAGUUCUCAGUGGAGCAGCUGGUGCAGCAGAUCCUGGACAGCCACCCGGCCAAGCCCGCGCCGCGAACCCACGCCUGUCUGUGCAGCGGGGGCCUCGGUUCCGGGAGCCUCACCCACAAGUGCGGCAGCACGAAACACCGCAUCAUCUCUCCCAAAGUGGAGCCCCGAGCUUUAACGCUGACCUCUGUCCCCCACCCCCACCCCCCGGAGCCCCCUCCGCUGAUAGCCCCUCUUCCCCCGGAGCUCCCCAAGGCACACACUUCCCCUUCCUCUUCUUCCUCCUCGUCCUCCUCUUCCUCCGGCUUUGCAGAACCCCUAGAGAUCAGACCUAGCCCUCCCACCUCCCGAGGGGGCUCAUCCAGAGGAGGCACCGCAAUCCUCCUCCUGACGGGACUGGAGCAGCGGACCGGGGGCUUGACGCCCACCAGGCACUUGGCUCCCCAGGCUGAUCCUAGGCCUUCCAUGAGCUUGGCUGUGGUCGUAGGCUCUGAGGCCUCUGCCCCACCAGCUCCUCCCAGCCCUGCCUUUGACCCGGAUCGUUUUCUCAACAGCCCCCAGAGGGGCCAGACGUACGGAGGGGGGCAGGGGGUAAGCCCAGACUUCCCCGAGGCAGAGGCCGCCCACACCCCCUGCCCUGCCCUGGAGCCCGCUGCUGCCCUAGAGCCCCAGGCUGCUCGGGGUCCCCCUCCUCCGCCAGGAGCAGGUGGGAGAAGAGGAAAUCGCUUCUUCAUCCAAGACGAUGGCAGUGGGGAGGAGCUCAAGGCCCAGGGGGCCACUCCCCCUGCACCUUCACCCCCUCCUUCACCCCCACCCUCACCUGCCCCCCUGGAGCCGGCAGGCAGGGGAGGCAGAGGGGAGGCCUUGUUUGGAGGAGCUGCUGGGGCCAGCGAACUGGAGCCCUUCAGUCUUGCAUCAUUCCCAGACCUCAUGGGAGAGCUCAUCAGCGAUGAGGCUCCAGGCGCCCCUGCCCCAGCCGCCCAGCUCUCUCCUGCUCUUAGCACCAUCACGGACUUCUCCCCAGAGUGGUCCUACCCGGAGGGUGGGGUCAAGGUGCUCAUCACAGGUCCCUGGACAGAGGCCGCCGAGCAUUACUCCUGUGUCUUCGAUCACAUCGCCGUGCCAGCCUCGCUUGUCCAGCCUGGGGUCUUACGCUGCUACUGUCCUGCCCAUGAGGUGGGGCUGGUGUCUUUGCAGGUGGCGGGGCGGGAGGGGCCCCUUUCUGCCUCUGUGCUCUUUGAGUAUCGAGCCCGCCGGUUCCUGUCACUGCCUAGUACUCAGCUCGACUGGUUGUCACUGGACGACAACCAGUUCCGAAUGUCCAUUCUGGAGCGACUAGAGCAGAUGGAGAAGCGAAUGGCGGACAUGGCAGCAGCCGGGCAGGCUUCCUGCCACGGUCCUGACGCACCUCCAAUCCAGGAUGAAGGCCAGGGGCCCGGCUUUGAGGCACGUGUGGUGGUCUUGGUAGAGAGCAUGAUCCCACGCUCCACCUGGAGGGGUCCUGAACGUCUGGCGCACGGAAGCCCCUUCCGGGGCAUGAGCCUCCUGCACCUGGCCGCUGCCCAGGGCUAUGCGCGCCUCAUCGAGACCCUGAGCCAGUGGCGGAGCGUGGGGACUGGGAGCUUGGACCUAGAGCAGGAGGCUGACCCGCUCAACGUGGACCACUUCUCUUGUACCCCUCUGAUGUGGGCCUGCGCCCUGGGCCACCUGGAGGCCGCGGUGCUCCUCUUCCGCUGGAACAGGCAGGCGCUGAGCAUCCCCGACUCUCUGGGCCGGCUGCCCCUGUCCGUGGCGCACUCCCGGGGUCACGUGCGUCUCGCCCGCUGCCUGCAGGAGCUGCAGAGACAGGAAGCUUCAGCCGAGCCCCCGCUCGCCCUGUCGCCCCCCUCCUCCAGCCCCGACACUGGGCUGAGCAGCGUCUCCUCGCCCUCGGAGCUGUCGGACGGCACCUUCUCCGUCACGUCGGCCUACUCCAGUGCCCCAGACGGCAGUCCUCCACCUGCGCCUCGGCCGGCCUCCGAGAUUGCCAUGCAGGACAUUGUCCCUGGCCAGGUCUCCUCGGGUGCCCCUGAGGCCCCCCUAUUCCUCAUGGACUGUGAAGCCACCAACCCCCAGGGGCCAGCCCCCUCACCGCCUCCUCUCCCACCAGCCCCGGACGGUGGGGCUGCCCCAGAGGACACGGAUGGCCCGCCGGCUGUGGACGUGAUCCCGGUGGACAUGAUCUCACUGGCCAAGCAGAUCAUCGAAGCCACGCCGGAGCGGAUUAAACGAGAGGACUUCUCGGGGCUGCCCGAGGCCGGAGCGCCCAUGAGGGAGCGCACAGGGGCCCUGGGGCUCAGUGAGACCAUGUCGUGGCUGGCCAGCUACCUGGAGAACGUGGACCAUUUCCCCAGCUCAGCCCCUCCCAGCGAACUGCCCUUUGAGCGUGGGCGCCUGGCCGUCCCUCCAGCACCCUCCUGGGCAGAGUUUCUGUCUGCCUCCGCCGGCGGCAAGAUGGAGAGUGAUUUCGCCCUGCUGACGCUGUCGGAUCACGAGCAGCGGGAACUGUACGAGGCGGCUCGCGUCAUCCAGACAGCCUUCCGCAAGUACAAGGGCCGGAGGCUGAAGGAGCAGGAGGAGGUGGCUGCGGCCGUGAUCCAGCGCUGCUACCGCAAGUACAAGCAGUUUGCACUCUAUAAGAAGAUGACCCAGGCGGCCAUCCUGAUCCAGAGCAAGUUCCGAAGCUACUAUGAACAGAAGCGGUUUCAGCAGAGCCGCCGGGCGGCUGUACUCAUCCAGCAGCACUACCGCUCCUACCGCCGCCGGCCGGGGCCUCCCCACCGGCCCACGGGCAGCCUGCCCGCCCGCAGCAAAGGCUCCUUUCUCACCAAGAAGCAGGACCAGGCAGCCCGGAAGAUCAUGAGAUUCCUGCGGCGCUGCAGACACAGGAUGAGGGAACUGAAGCAGAACCAGGAGCUGGAAGGGCUCCCCCAGCCCGGACUGGCCACCUGACCUGCGCCCCGCUUUCCUCACUGCCCUGGGGGCCGCUUCUGGCAGUCUUAACAGGGAGAGGGCUCUCCGGGGGAGGGGAGCCCCCUGUCGGCAGCUGUCCCCCUCCCUAGGUCUCCGCCCUGCCCCACCUCAACCCCCUGGGUCGUGCCCCCACUCUUUCGGCCCCCCGACCCGCGAACCCCACCUCCCUGCAUCUUCCGCCGUGACCUCCGGAGCCCUGCCUGCCCCUUCUCCACGGCCUCCUCUCUGCCUGCACCCGUCUCGACCCUUCCUGACUUGCCUUAUUUAUUUGUUGGACGCGUCUCUGAAUGUAUCCGCCUCGGUCCCCCCUCCGCCGCGCGCCCCUCGUGUCGCAGGGCCGACCGCGCCCCCACCCGACUCCGCAUGUUGGCGUGUGCCCCCUCCCGCUGCGGCCCGCCUCCCCUGUCGCCCGCCGGCGGCCCGCGGUGCCCGGGCCGGAGGGGCUGUGCGGGGGCGCGCGCCGCGGAGCCCGCCCCGUCCCCCCCGUCCCCCGAGGGGAGGGGGCCUGUACAUACUGUAACAUACAGAGUAUAGUGAAGAAUCUAUUUAAGGCGCCGCGGGGAGGGCUGCACGGCGCGGCGGGGGCCCCCGGCCGGCUCCACGAGCACUUUCUACUUGUGCAUGGGCUUGGUUUCUACGAGUUGCCAUUAAACAUCGCUGCACCA